CGAGCACGAGCUCGCCAAUGCCACUAUCUCCUCGACGGCCUGCGAGUGUGCAUGGGCACAUUCCCGUUCCCGACGCUACCAUCGUCCACCUGGAUUCUUGGACGGGACGGAAGACGACGACGGUACACGCCACCAUCGCCGGUCGACCGCGGCUGUACACGAUAACCUCUGCGGUGCCGCCGCGAGGGCCUGCUCUGCACUCGUCCCGGUAACGACAGACAACGCACCGAGUAGAUCAUUAAGCCUACAAUGAAAGAACGCUAUCGAAAACAAAAAUUUUUGAAGAAUGUCGGUCUACAACCAAUUAAAACUCAAAGGCCUGUGGAGGAAGAAAAUGAUUUCAACAUAUGUGAACGAGUAUGUUUUUAUUACUUUGAUGAUGAUGCACAAGUGAUAUGUCGCGGUUGUUAUAAAAGCUUUACAACAUGGUUAAAUUUCCGAUUGCAUUUUAAUACAUUAUCAUGCCAUACAACUGAAACAAAUUACAAACUAAAUACUUAUAAUGAUGUUUAUAAAAAAUACAAGUUAAAGAAAGCCAAGACUAAGAAAAAAAUGAAUGACCGUUUGAGUGCUGCACAACUUAUGGAUUUGGAAACUUUGAACACUCGCAAAACAAGAAAAAGGUGUUACCAAAAUACUAGGGUGGUUGUGACUGUUUCCAAAUCUUCAUCAGACUCGGGUUCAAUAAAUUCAGAAAAAUCAACAGUAAAGACAUUAAAGAAAGAAGCCACUGAAAACUAUAUUAGCAGUGAUGAAAGUGUAGAGGAGUCAAAAGCAAAACCAAAUGGUUGCAAUACUGUUAAAGACAUUCCAAGUAGUACAAAGACCAUUAUUCCAAAAACAUCUCAUGACAAUCAGACGACGCUAACCAUUAAAACAGAAUGGAAUGCCGAUGACUUAUCUCAGGCUUCUUCAGAUGAUCAUUCAUCAAGCUCUGCAAAUUGUCCACCAAAAUAUAGCCCCAAAAAAGAUAAGGCAUUAAAAUAUCAGUAUGUUUGUGUUAUUUGUGAUGCACAAUUUAUGAGUAAAUGUUCACUUACUAUGCACCAAGUGCAACAUAUCAAAUCAGAUCGCAGUAGUUACAGCGUUUUUAUGGCUGCAUUAACUCAAUCUGCUAGGGUGUAACAUGUCAAUAUAUAUUAUUUGAGUUAUGAUACAAAUGGUAACUCUAGUCCCUAUAAUGAAGUAUCAAAUCCUAUUUAUUUAUUUAUCUAAUGAACAUCAUUUAACAUAAACUGCUUGAUUAAUAUUUGUGGUUGUACAAUUUUAAAUCAAUUUUAAGAAAAUAAUAAUUUUAUGUUUGCGUCAUUAAAAUUUUUAUCAUUUGUACAUUACCAUUAAACAUUGUGACCGUUAACGUCUUUCAAACAAUGUAUUAUAAUAGUUAGUUUUAUUUGAUUCCUAUAAUAUUAUUGUUUUUUUUUUUUUUAGACUAAAAUAAUUUUUACCUUAUUCCCAUACUUAAAUUGAGUUUUAGAACUUGGGAAGAUAUUGUUUGGUUAAGCUAAAAGAAAAAGAUAGAAACUAGCAACAUUAUUAAGAAUGUUCAUUAAUCAUAUCAAAUAUUAAAUGCAUGUG